UCCUACUGAGUAUCAAUUUUCUUGAGCUUCACCAACAAGAUUGAAAAAAAAUUGUAAGAGAGUAAAGCCCCCAAGUUGAACUGUCGAAAAAUGCAACGCUUUCUGCAACCUUUCGAUAAAGACUAUAUGCUUCAGUUGACUUUCCAUUAGACAACUCAUUGAAUCGCUUCAUUGGGCUAAGAGCUCCUCUCAGUUGUUUAURAUAAUUGCGCAUCAAGGCAAUAGUUUACUAAGAUACGGCUGCACAAGGAAAACAAUGGAUUGAGAUUGACUAAUAUAAAAUGUGUGACUACCCUCCAUAUCAGUCAUUAGUUCAGUAUUCUAAUGGCCUUAACAACGAAGGAAUAGUAACCUUUUCGAUUGGGUGACUAUUCAACAAUACCGUUACAGCUGAAUUGGCGAUCAAGCAUAAUAAACUUUUACGAUUCAGUAUAGGUCAUUAUUAGGCACGCUACACUUCGACACAUCGACAUGGCAGUAGAUCUUACAAAGAACCCUGUAUUUGUCGAGAGGCUUGGAAGUUUGUUUGACAACUUCGAUYUGAACAACGACAAGUACUUAACCAUUGAAGAAGUUUUGAAAUGUGGGAAAAGAAUGGCAGACAUGUGCAAAGCUAGUCUUGMAGAKGCAAAGGCUUUGGAUCAGAGGCURCGCGACUUUUGGGGCAUUGUUGGGCUUAUACCCGGAGUCCAACUUACAAAGGAGCAGUUUKUUCGUGGAUUCAACCGUCUGGCUCAGAAUGAAUUGAAAAGGAAACAAGAAGGCAAGCCAACUAUCCAUGAGCAUAUGAGCAACGCGUUCUUCGACGUAGCUGACAUCAAUAACGAUGGUACUGUUACUCUUGACGAAGCCAAGACCAUCUUCAAAGCUUGGAAAAUGGACCCGAAAGACGCUGAAGCAUGGUUUGAAGCUUCUGACAUCAACAAGAAUGGCAAAGUUGAACGAGAUGAGCUGAAUAAAGCAGAUUUUGAUUACUGGUUUCGUCCAGAUGCUCCUUCUCCCGUCAACCUUUACGCUAAGCUGUCAAAACCAUAGACGAAACAUAGGGYCAGAUUAAAACUUAACAGUACUUCGCGGCCAUGACACCACGGAGUCCGACAAAAUUUUGGCUCUGGAAUCCGAAUUCCCGCGCGCAUCGAAAUCCGCGACAAUGGAAACGGACUCCGAUAAUUUUAAAAACCGUAAUCCAAAUUAGUUACUUCAAUGUUUUCUAAUUGUAAACGAUUCAAUGACGACAAAAAAAGCUGCUGGAUGCUUUGCAUUGUGAAUCUAAUAUGGUUGAAUCCAGAAUCCUUGCGAUAGCUUAUUAAUUCUUUAGRAUUUCAGUAUCAGUAAACGUGAUCGGGAUUCCGUGUCAUGAGACAUUGAUAAAACUAAGGAAACAUUAGKCCAGAGUAAAUCUGAACAGUACAGAACAUCAAAUACUGUAAUAAGGGUUUGGUUGUAGAACAAAUUAAGUAAUUUUGAUAAACUGUC